UAGUAAGUAGUACUAGUAACUGAAACUCAAGUGUUUGGACUUUAGUGGCAGUUUUAAGUACUUUGCUUCGGACAGAAUCAUCUUCUUCUACAACAAACACACACUACAUUCUUCGUCUCCCUUCCUCUUCUACCUUUUUUUGUUUUGAUUUCGCGCCACCACGCUUCAUGCUCUUCUUUAUUCUCUCUUAGAGCUUUCUCCGAUCUGCCUGAAUUUUUCUCCGUAAGUGGUCCCUAAUUCCCACUUUUACCAUCUCUCUGUCCCUCUCUGGUUUUGUUUGGAAAAAGAAAAGGGAAAGUGUCAAUUUCGUUUUUGCUUUCUCUUUCUUGUUCUUUGCUGAUUUUCUUAACAAAGGUUUCUGAUUCUCCUAAAUUUUACUUAGAUCUGUGUUUCUGUGUGUGUGAUUGAUUCCUAAGAACUACUCAGAGAUCUACUGAUAUUCUUUUAGAGCCUCAAUUCUUCAAAGAUACUUUAGCUUUGCUAAGAAUUGAGUAUGAAGGUAUUCAAUUAGUGUUUAGUGUAAAGGUGGAUGAAGAUUUGAUAUAGUCUUGAAUGCAAUAUAGAGCAGGAGGUUGCAGGUGAUUCUUAUAUCACUAUGGUGAGGCAACAAAGAGCCUCCAAGGUUCAUGAGGAUAGAUAUCCCUCGUGUCAGGGCAAGGAUGAGUCAGUGAAGCAUGAUAUGUUGGAUCCGCCAAGGUAUCUAAGAAGAACUAGAGAAGAUUUCCGCGGUAAAGCGCUCAGUUUUGGGGUUUUAGAUUGGAAACAGUUGGAAAAAUGGAAGGAUACUAAUGCAGAGGGAAGCAAAGGGUCUUCAUGUUGUAGUUUUGAGGAAACUGCUGCAAGUUCCUUGGAACUAGACUUAUCAACCGGUGUUGUCAAAAGAUUGGAGGUGGAUUUGAAGUCUCAACAACACAUGAGAAAUCACAGCUUCUCACUUAGAUCACAAGCUUAUUCAGAUGCAAUGGAUGCUGAUACUGUGAUGAGAAUGGAUCAAAAGGGCAAAAAUGAUCAUCAACUUCUGAGUAUGAAGCAGAAAGAACAUCAAGCAUCUCCAAGUAAGAGACUAGUAGAGAAAGAGCUAAGUAAUGCCUCUGAUCUUAGCUCGUGUAUCUCUCCAGGGUCAGAGACAAGUUCCAAGCUUUUAUCUGAGGUAUCUAGUACAGUUGGAUGUCAAGAUAGAAGGCGUGAUGUCGAAGGUGGAUGCUCAAGUCCGGUAACUGUGGUUGAAAGGAACCAAAAUUUUGUUGAGAAACCAUCUUUGUUGGAUCAAAAUAUUCACAUUUUGACAUCUAAAAAGGGAAGAGACGCUUCCCCUAACCGGCGGUUUAGCUUCAGUUUUAGUCAGAUGAGUAGAAGUUUCAGUUCCAAAGAAAGCUCAUCUCAUGCUUCAGCUAAAUCAGGUCCUUUGACAUUCAACGACUCAGUUUACCCCAAUCACCACCAAACCAGAACAAAGCCAAAGGGUCACAGCAGAACUAGAUCAGGUCCUAUAUUAAUACCCAAAACCGAAAAAAGGAAUGUCCCAUUACAAGUAGCUUCAAAACCUUCAAAGACAACACCAUCAACCAUGGAGAAACCUUACAAGCAAUGUAGCUCAAGAGUUCACGCUCUUUUACAGUUCACAUUAAGAAAAGGUAUCAACUUGUUUCAGUUUGUGGUUGGAGACAACAACAGCAAUAACGUUCUUGCCGCCACCAUGAAGAGUUCAGAUUCUUCUACACGGUCUUACACAUUGUACACCGUCAACGAAGUCAAGAACAAGAGUGGGAACUGGUUAGGCCGCAACAAGAAUGAACAUCCAUUUGUACAUACAACAAUUGGUCAUAUAAAGACUGUUACUUCUUCAACCUCCUCAUACUCAUCAAUCCACAAAUCAGAAUCUGUUCUGUUCGGUCCUUCAACCAAUGAAGAAGAGCUUGCAGCUAUUGUUCAGACAAGGAACAUGAGUCAGAGACAUAGCAGAACUACAAUUAUACUCCCAAGUGGAGUUCACACAUUGCCUAAAGACAGUAACGAUGCCCCUUUGCCGUUGAUUGAGCGGUGGAAGUCAGGUAGAGCAUGCGACUGCGGUGGUUGGGACAUCGGUUGUAAGCUCCGUGUCAUCUCUAAAGAUCAUUCAAAGUCUCACACUUUCACCUCAAGCUUUCAACUUUUUGAUCAGGAAAGAGACGAGCCAGCAUUCAAAAUAGUGAGCCACGGAGAUGAGCUCCACUCGGUUGAGUUCGGCUCAUCGAUCUCUCUUUUGGAAGCGUUCUUUAUUUCCUUGGCAGUAACUAGUCAUCAGAGUUGGUGUCAGAAGGAGGAAGAAGAAGAAGCAGUUUUGAUCGGAGAUGGUCUGUUGAAGAGAGAGACACCGGCGAAAUACGCAACGAACCCACCGGUUUCUCCAAUCGGUCGGGUCUAGAGGCAGAGAAGAAGCUUACUGGGCUAGACUGUGUUGGAUCUGAUGUGGGCUGGGCUUUAAUAUAAUUGUAAUUAACAGUUUAUAUAUAUGACAUAAUUAAUCGUUUUAGAAUUUGUGCAAUGUACAAAAUAGUGUAAUGCAUUUAUGAAUAAUUAUAAGUAAGUUUUAGGGUUUUA